CGAUUGUGACUACGAAACGGAGCGAGGAUGCGACUGCCUGUUCUCACGAUUUCUGAGAGCCAGAGCUCGAAGAAAACAUUAUGUGUACUGCCUGACGAGAUUAUUUACGAGAGAAAAAGUAAUCAUGCUGCCCUCACACCGCUGGAAGACAUGUCCGCGGGACGAGGGCAGGCAGGUGGAGGGCCUCCUCAGAACUGUCAAAAAGUUUUUAUACAGCGCGACUACAGUGAAGGUACUGUGGUCAAGUUCCAUACACGGUUUCCUACAGAAUUGGAGAGUAGAUUGGACAGACAAUUGUUCGAGUACACGAUCAAUCAAUUGAACAACUACUUCGCCGAGGCAGAGCGUGCCAGUUGUUCUACAUACUGCGAGAGCUGCCUAUACUGUCUCACAGGUUAUCUGAUAAGCAUAUGUACUGAAUCGCACUACGAAAAGUGUCUGCGCAAGGUUGCCAAGUUUGUCAGCGAACAAAACGAUCGAGUGUACAAGCCACGCGGCCUCCUGCUGACAGAUCCAACAACGCGCGGACUCAGGCUAAUAGAGAUCUCGGUACUGGAUAGACCUGCGUCGUGACUGCAUAUUAGCCGAUCCAGGGAGUUCUUCAUGUGACCCCCCGUGCAUCACUCUGGACAUUAUGUCGCCAGAAUCACGGAUAUGCACGCGCUCGUGAGUGCCUGUCGGCACAAUUAUGGGGCAUACCGGUUAGUUUGAAUCAUUUUCACAAGGUGCCGAAAUUCUGCAAGGCUUGAAAGAAGAAUUUUUCCGUCAACGAUAUCUUGUAGGCCGCAAAUUGCUCAGGUGCACCUUGCACGAUUAAUCUUGCCGAACACGCAUGCAAUGAUCAAUCAAAACUCUCUUGUUGUCGGGCCAUGCCUCGUACUUAGUUC